AUGGACCUCCUCCCCACCCAAACUCUCGGCCCCAGCAACGGCCACCCCAUCCUAAUCAUCCCCGGCUGGGAAAUGACCCCCCAAACGGAAAUGCACGACUUCGAGCCCAUCUUCACCACCAGCAGCAUCCCCCUCCGCCGAAUCUAUAUCGCCUUGCCCGGGAUGGCCUCCACGCCCGCAAGGAACAUCACUUCCCUCGACGACAUCUACCACCACCUCGUGCACUUCAUAGACUCUACUCUGGGGAAUUCCCGCUUCAUGCUAAUCGGCUCCUCCUGCGGCGCGUAUCUCGCCCGCGCGCUGGCCCAGAAAUAUCUCCACCAGAUAGAUGGCUUACUCCUCCGGGUACCGCUCAUUGAGCCGGAGGAUAGUAAGCGUGACGUGGAUACGAUUGAGCCACUUAUCAAGAAUGAGGGUGUUAUGAGUAGUUUGUCUCGUGAAGAUAGGAUGCUCCUUGGGAUUGAUAAUGGGGGGAAGGUAAUUGUGCAAACGGAGGAGUAUGUGGAUGAGUUGAAGAGGAAGUGUAGGGAGGUGUAUGUGCCUGCUGAGGAAGGGGCUGAUAAGGGUGUUUUGGAUCCUAUUAGGGGGGAUGUGGGGAGGAUGAGAGCGUUGGGUAUCGGGAUUGCUUGGGGUUGUUGGAGAGGUAUCCGAGGGCGACGUUUGCGGUGCUGGAUCGGGGCACGCAUGGAUUGCCGGUUGGUGGGAGUGAGAGGGGGUUUUGGUAUAUUUCAAGAGAAUGUUGGGUUUCAUUUUGGAAGUGGUUGCGAUGUGUAUGGGGGAGCGGAAAGUAGUAGACGUACCAGCAUGUUUCCUGCCACGGCUCAUCUGGGUUCGCGAGCUGAAUGUCGAAGCGGUUUAGAAGAGUUGGGAUCAUCUAUUGCUCGGUUAGUUGAUGUUGUAUACAUUCUACCACAGUGUUGGAGGGUUGACGUAGAGGGUGGUUGUUAUGAUGUUGGAUAG